GUGUUACGAAUUUCAGUUCUGGGAUUCACAACUAUCAUUCCGAAGUGGACGCAGAGCAUGACCUCGAUGGGUCCUAGAUCAAGCAUGCAUGAAGACUUCGGCCUCUAUUCAUCUAUUGCCGGAAGAAUCUGCAGAAGAGAAUUCCCUGGCCGCCCGCAGUGAUCUUGGGGUGCGUGGCGACAACCGUCUGAGAGCUUGGUAUGGUGAUCGAUCGCUGUUUGAUGCUACAAAUGUCUACCGCCUUCCAUCCAGCAAGGAUGGGACCAAGGCCGGCUGACGGCUCCGUUCGUCGUCGACAUUAGUUAAGUCGCCUAGAGUGUCCGCGGUCGUCAUCGCCCUUAGCCAUGGUAUGGUCCCCGUGAGUCUUGGUACUCUCCCCAACGGCGCCUUUCCUGCUGGAACACUGAUGUCAGAGGCCUUGGUACGGCAACAUGAUGCUCAUGUCGACGACAUGCACGUUCAGCUCUUCCCCUCUCCUUCUAACCCUUCCACUCCAUCCUUCCACUCGAAUUCUUUGCUAGCCAUUCCUCAUCGUCGCGCGCUUGGGUGUCCUCCCGGAGUAAUUUUGGGGUUUUCGAUGGAGUCAGCGCUUUCACUUAGUCGGGCAAGUUCCACUGCGCGUUACAGCGUUACGAAUGUCAGUUCUUUGGGUUAUGAAUCUCACGGUCCCCGCCGCUUGCUCAUAUCUUAUCCGUGGUCCUGUAUCCCCCGGCUCAUCCUCCCUGGUAAUGUAGCAGACAUGCACCCUUCCAGAUCGGAUACACGACUCAGAUGCGUCCCAUUUUACGGCCUCCCACCAAGUACGCACACCUCGACGUCUAUUCCUCUGUUUCAGGAUGGGAAACAUAAGCGAGGGGACUGUCUCCAUGCAAUACUCGCCGGUUAUAUCUUCAGGGUGGGUCACAUCAACCAUCUAGAUGGCGAUUUAAUGCUACAAAUCACAAAUCUCUGUCGCCUCCGGUCCAGCAAGGAUGGGACUUGACUUCUGCUCCCAGGCCGGAUGACAGCUCCAAUUGUCGUCGAAAUUAGCAAGUCAUUUAGGACGUUCGCGGUCGUUGUGAUUCCUCCCUUUCCACUUGUUAGUCACCUAGCUCGAGCGUUUUUCUGUCAUUGAAUUAUGUAUUGUCCUCCGAUUUGUACAUCACUGCGCUUGGCACAAAUGAUCGCGAGUUGGUAGUAAACGCUGGUG